AUGGCGGGGGGAUAUCUUAAAAAUUUCAAAAUUAGAACUAUAAUUGCUUCUUGUCAUAAACUUAUUCAUGUCAAUAAUCCCCCUAUUGAUAUUGAUGAGGAAGAAGAACUAAAAAUCUACAAAAAAGCUCGAAAAAAAUCUCGAGCCAUUCUUUUGGAACAUUUAACUGAAAAUUGUCAAGGCAUUUAUAAACCAAAAAACUUGGAAGAACUGACUACCAGAAUCAGUAAACAUAUAAAAGAAAAAGAGAACUUGGAGCAAAAAAUAAUUUCUCUCCGAAGUAAAGGAAAUUUAAGCAAAGAAGAAGAAAAACAGUUAAAAAAAGCAACUAAGGUUGGUCUACAAGGAGCCGGAGUUUUGACUGGAAUUGCUGAUGCUCGGUUAGCCAGUCAAGAUAAAGAACGAGAAAAAGAAUUAAAGGCAUGGGACAAAAUAACUAGUAAAAUUGAUGAUGAUGAAUUGGAAGGAGAUGAUAAAUCAGUAGGAACCGAAAUCAAUGGCAAAGAAAGACCAGUGCUUAUCAUUUCGAUUGAUUGGUAUAAUGAUGAAGCCUCCCGCGUUGCCAUUUUGCCACUAUCAAGUAAGGUAAAAAAUAUUAGGGUGUUUGAAUUUUAUUUAGGAAAGAUAGUGAUAAAUGACCCAAAAAAUAGAGAAAGUAAAGUGAUGGUAGACCAAAUAAGAAGCAUUGACAAGCAAAAAUUAGGUGAAAAGUGUGGUGAAUUAACCACAGAACAAAUGGAAAAAGUGGAGGGAAUAUUAAGGAAAUUUUUGGUUCUAGUGGGGAAAGUUGAGAAAUUAAGAGAAGAACAUGCUAGCAAAAAUCCAAGCCUUAAAAAAAAUACAAAUUAUCCAGAAGAAAAGAGGAAUGAGAUAACUGAUUUGGAACAUGUUGGAAAUAUAAAAGAACUUAAUUUAAGCGAUAACUAUCUUAGAAAUUUGGAAUUUAUUGAUAAUUUAAAUCACCCCGAAAAUUUAAUCAUUUUAAACAUUGAUGACAAUGAGUUUACAAAAAAAGAUUUAUUUUUUCUCACUAGGUUCAAGAAUUUAGAAGAAUUAAACUUGGGAAAUAAUUACAAAAGUAUUAAGCAGAUAAAAGGAAGUCAUUAUAAUCGCUUUUACGGAAGUUUAGAACCUUUAAAAUUUUUGACUAAAUUAAAAAAACUGAAUAUUUCUACUACUGAUAUUAGUCAUGGAUUAGAAUAUUUACCUAAUAGCCUUGAAAAAUUUUCCUGUCGAUAUAAUAAAGAAAUACCAAAUGCCAAAGUUAAAAAAAUACACAAAUUAUUGUCUGAUCGGGGAAUCGUUGAAGAUGAUUUAGAAUACAUAAAAAAUUUUUCGGAAAAGUUUAGAAAUAUUAGAAAAAAACCAUUAAUGAAAGAAGAACCGAACGGAAUUAAAAAAAACAAUUUACAUAACAAAAUAACUAUAGAAGCAAUUAAACAAUUGAAAGAUAUCAUAAAAGGAUUAAUUGCUAUUCAUAAAGAAGGAUUAAUACACCGAGACUUGCAUUCUGGUAAUAUAUUAAGCGGUGUUGUCCUAAAUGAUCGUUCAUUUGCUAGUUGUUUUAUUACUGACUUAGGAUUAUGUCGACCUGCUAAUGAAACUGAUAAAGGCAAAAUUUAUGGCGUUCUUCCUUACAUUGCCCCCGAGGUUUUAAGAUCUCUUCCUUUUACCCAAGCCAGUGAUAUUUAUUCUUUCGGCAUAAUCGCUUAUGAAAUACUGACUGGCUUACCUCCUUAUUGCGAUAUACCUCAUACAGAAUUCUUGGCAACAAAGAUAUCGGAGAUUAAUGAUAAAAAAGACACUGAAUUUUAUCAACAAUAUGAAAAAACGGAAAAAGUUAAUGAGUUAUCGAAUUAUAAGACAGAUUUGUUAUAUAAAUUAUACAAAAUACAUCCCGAAGCGAUUUAUGCUAGCAGAAAAUUUUAUUUUGAAAAUCUUUCUUCAUCUAAAAACUCUAAGGAAAACAGUUUGGAAGAUUUAAGAAUUAGCGAUUCAAAGGAAUUCGGUGAAGAAAAAGACAGAGAAAUUUGUCAAUUGCAAGAAGAAAUUAUAUUAAAAAAAUUCAACAUAUAUGAUGACAAAGAAUAUUUAGUUUCAAAAUUACAAGAAGAAAAAAUAAAAUUAACCGUUCGAGGAGAAAUUUAUGGUAACUCUUCACCUUUUCAAGUAUAUUUUCCUAAUGCGAUUACAGGUCAUCCAGGUAUUGACCAAUUAAUCCAGAGUUCACGAACAGAUCCAAGCAUUAGGGUGGAAGUAUUAGAACAAAUCCUUUCUAAUUCCCUUGAAUGGAAAAACAUCCAUCUAGGUUUUGUCCCAGAAUUAGAAAAGGCAUGGAAAGAGUUGGGGUUUAGUUAUGAGCAAGCCAAAGAACUAAUCAACUUCGCGGGGUGGUUUCUGGAAAAUGGUAGCAUUGAACAACUAAGAGAAGAACAUAGUCAAUAUUUAAUAUCUGUAAAUAAAGGAAUUAAAAUUAGCGUUGAAGCAUCAAAAAAAAUAGAAAACUUUACACCCUAUUGGAACAGUCUGAUUAGAGAGUUUGAAUUUCCUCUGGAACAAAAAUUAUUACUGAAAGAACUAGAAGAAACCUUUAUGGCAUGA